AUGGCGCUAAGUGUUGUUGACUCCAUCUCACGUCGGGGGCCGCCCCAGACCUUACACCAUGGAAGCAACGUCUCCUCACAUGCCACCUCAGCCGUGGUGGGCGGUUGUUGGCGAAGCGUCCCUGCGCGCUCUGUCCUUACCAAGACAGCUCAGCGAGAUGACAUAGACGAGGCCGAGCGGCAGCGAAUCACUCAGAACCAAACAGCCGCGGAUGUUAUGGUUCAGGCGUCGGCCGGCACCCGAGCCACUUCCCAAAAUUCCUCAACGCAUUCGUCACCUCUAUCCUUUAAGGACCGCACCCGAUUGCCGAACCUCUCUUGCGACUCACUGGGUUCAACCUCUUGUCUCAACAUACUCGGCGUUGACGACCCAUGCCUCGACGACAGUCUGGAUCUCAAGAUAUACGAGUACAUGGUGGAACUUGUACGGAGCGGUACGACACAGGAGCGGGCUGCCGAGGUAAUAUCCCAGUGGAGCGGUGGUGGCGGUGUGGAGGCGGUCGACGUUAACAAGCUCAGGUCGUACUUCAUGAGGACCACCCUGGAGCAGGUGAUCCAGGUACAUGGCUUUAAGGCUGCGCUGCCGCUGCUGGCGACGUGUAUGUCGUACUGGAGUCUGGGACUGCUCCCCUCCACUGACGAGGCCGUACUUCCCCCGGCAGUACGGGGUGCUCUGGUGGUGGCCAACCUGCUGCUGCUGGUGGUGUUCGCGUCCCGGGGCCUCAAGAACGCAGGUCGGCUUAUUCGUGUGGGUCGUGUGGCGGUGCAGUUCAGCGCUCGGGCGGAGCUGGUGCUGCUGGCUGUGCGGGAUCUGGCGGACGGCCACGGCCCCCUCAUCCGGGCGGCCCUGGGACUACCACAGGCACCAGCACCAGCACCAGCAGCCGCUGCAGCCACCCCGGCGACUGCAGCGCCCAGCGGAGGCGGAGCUGCCCCCCUGGCGGCGCAGCGCCGCUCCUCCCGAUUGAGAGUACUGCAGGCUAGUACGGCAGCCAUGAGGCAUGUCAAGCGCAUGGCUGCGGCAUCUGCUACUGCUACUGGUGCUGCUACCGGUGCCGGUGCCGGUGCACCGCUGUCUUCACCGUCGCCACUCCCCCCGACCUCCUCCACUUCAUCCUCCCCGUCGUCCUCGUCUUCAUUCAGGGCCCACGCCACCCCCGCCAUGCCCACCCCCACACCCCGCAAAGCCACCACCGCCCCCCUGAGCAGCCUCCACGCGUACUUGGUGCUGCGGGAGGCUGCGCAGGUGACGGAGGAGGAGGGGGGAAGCGACACUCUAGCUGGGGAGCUGGGCUUGACCGGGGAGGAGGUGACGGCGGCAGCGGCCAUGUAUGCCAGGUACGGCGACAUUGCCAGGGGUGGCCGGUUCGCCGACUUCGAGCUGCAGAGGCUGCUGCAGGAGGUGGCGGACUCCCCGGACCCCCCCCUCACCCCGGACGAGCGGCGGCUGGUGCUGCUGCUGCACUCCAGGGGGCCUGGAGCGGCGGCGGCUGCUGCUGUUGGGGGCCCCGGCGGCGCCAGGUCGGGGUCCAGGGGGGCCUCGGGGCGGGGAGCCAGCAGGGGGGUGGGAAUCUCCUUUGCGGAGUGGGCGGCCUGGUGGGCGGCGACCACCCUGGAGUGA